CGGUGGGACGGCUGCUGCAGGCCCGCCAAAUCUUAUGUGUAGCUGAAAAAAACGACGCGGCCAAAAGCAUCGCGGAGAUCAUGUCGGGCGGCCGCUUCCGAAGGGUGAGAGGGAAAAACGCAAAUUUUGAGUGAAAUCCGUCGAAUAUAAGAUGCAACACUUGUGGAGGAAAAGGCUCCCUACCUAUCAAUAUAAGUCAAAGAAUGCUGGAGAUCUGAAACAAAAACAGGAAUUGCUGGAGAAACUCAACGGGUCUGGCAAUGUCCGUGGAGUCAGAAACAGAGUUAACUUUUCGUGUUCAGUGAAUCUUCUUCAGACUCCUAGUUUCUCCAUCAAGUUUUUGUUUUAUUCUAAACUAACAAUUCUGGCCCGUUACGAGGUUGAAGAGAGAAGGACUUUCAAAAUUCAACAAGAUCUAUGAAUAUGAGUAUCAUCUGAACGGUCAGAAUAUUGCUAUAGUGAUGACCUCUGUCUCAGGCCACCUCCUUGAGUUGGAGUUCAAAUCACCUUUUCAGAAGUGGCGCAGCUGUAACCCUGUGACUCUCUUUGACACUGAGGUGGAGAAGUACUGUCCAGAAAACUAUGUGGACAUUAAGAGAACUCUGGAACGAGAGGUGAGGAAAUGUCAGGCCUUAAUCCUUUGGACUGACUGUGAUCGCGAAGGGGAAAACAUUGGAUUUGAAAUUAUUAAUGUGUGUAAAACAGUGAAGCCGAAUCUACAAGUCCUGCGAGCUCGAUUUUCUGAGAUUACACCUCACGCUAUCAGACAAGCCUGUGAGAAUCUGGUAGAACCUGAUCAGAAAAUUAGCGAUGCUGUCGAUGUAAGGCAAGAGUUGGAUCUGAGAAUAGGUGCCUCAUUCACCCGGUUUCAGACCUUACGACUACAGAAAGUGUUCCCGAAUGUGCUAUCAAAUCAACUGAUCAGCUAUGGAAGCUGUCAGUUUCCCACUCUGGGUUUCGUGGUUGAACGUUUCAAAGCAAUCCAGGCUUUUAUUCAAGAAACAUUCUAUAAAAUCAAAGUCACCCAUGAAACAGAAGAUGGCAAUGUAGAAUUUAACUGGAAAAGACAUCGUCUCUUCAACCACACAGCAUGCCUUGUACUUUACCAGAUCUGCAUGGAGGAUCCAGUUGCGACUGUACUUGAUGUCUUUACUAAACCAAAGAGCAAAUGGAGACCUUUACCCCUUGACACAGUGGAAUUGGAGAAAUUAGUUUCAAGGAAGCUGAAAAUCAAUGCAAAGGAGACAAUGAGGAUAGCGGAGAAGUUGUAUACACAAGGAUACAUCAGCUACCCACGCACUGAAACCAACAUUUUCCCUAAAGAUCUGAACCUCUCUGCUUUGGUGCAGCAGCAAACCGUGGACCCACAGUGGGGGGCAUUUGCUCAGGGUAUUUUGGACAGAGGUGGGCCGACACCACGAAAUGGAAACAAGUCAGACCAGGCCCAUCCACCUAUCCAUCCAACUAAAUACACCAACAAUCUGCAAGGAACUGAGCAACGUAUUUAUGAGUUUGUUGUGCGCCAUUUUCUGGCAUGCUGCUCUCAGGAUGCACAGGGACAGGAAACCACAGUAGAGAUAGACAUCGCAGGAGAGCUCUUUGCUGGUCAUGGUUUAAUGAUUAUUGCACGGAAUUAUCUGGAGGUUUAUCCAUAUGAAAAAUGGAACACUAAGGUUAUACCUGUGUAUGAGAGAGGCAAGAAAUUCCAACCCACCACUAUUGAGAUGGUUGACGGCGAGACAAGUCCACCUCAGUUGCUAACUGAAGCUGAUCUUAUUGCUCUGAUGGAGAAGCAUGGCAUAGGAACUGAUGCUACUCAUGCAGAACAUAUUGAAACUAUCAAAUCCCGAAUGUACGUGGGCUUGACGGCUGACCAGAGAUUCCUCCCUGGAGAAUUAGGCAUGGGUCUGGUAGAAGGGUAUGAUUCCAUGGGAUAUGAAAUGUCAAAGCCAGAUCUACGGGCUGAGCUUGAGGCAGAUCUGAAGCUGGUUUGCGAGGGCAAAAAAGACAAGUUUAGUGUGCUUCAUCAACAUGUUCAGAAAUACAAACAGGUGUUCAUUGAGGCAGUGACAAAGGCAAAAAAGCUGGAUGAGGCUCUAUCCCAUUACUUUGGGGAGGUGGCUGAAGCGACGCAGUCUGAAGAGUUUGUGAUGGAAAUUUCACAACCUGUUCGAAAAUGUCCUCAGUGUGGGAGAGACAUGGUUCUCAAACCGAAGAAAGAUGGAGGGUAUUACCUUUCAUGUAUGGGGUACCCAAAUUGCAGGUCUGCAGUUUGGUUUCCUGAUUCAGUUCUGGAGGUCAGCAGAGAUGAUAGCAUAUGUCCCACAUGUAAACCACACCCUAUUUACAGGUUAAAGUUUAAGUUCAAACGAGGUAGUGUGCCUCCGCUCAUCCCCUUGGAAUUUGUUGGUUGUAUUGGAGGAUGUGAUGAAAUGCUGAGAGAGAUCUUGGAGCUGAGGUACUUACGAGGAGCAUCACAAUCAAACAAUCAAAUUGUCAACCAUGUGCCGCAGAGAGGGUUAGAGAACAGGUCAUUUCGGGAUCGCAGAAACACUCUGCCAAAACCUCAGGAACGGGCUUUUGAUGCACUGUCCAGCAUUGUUCCUUCACAUAUGGGAUCUGACAAUAAUGCAGUUGUGUGCAAUUGUGGCCAGGAUGCACUGCUACUGACUGUUCGGAAGGAGGGACCGAAUCAGGGGCGGAGGUUUUAUAAAUGCAGUGGAGGCAGUUGCAACUUCUUCCUGUGGGCUGACCAGGAUGCAAGUGACUCAGCUGGUAGAGGAUCAGUUGGUAGGGGCAGUUCAACCCCUGGGGCAGGGAGCUUUCAUCAAGCUGGAAGCAGCGGAUCUUCAAGUGGAAGAGAAGCAGUGUGCACUUGCAAUCAACUAGCAGUAACACGCACAGUGCAGAAAGAUGGACCUAACAAGGGUCGGACAUUUCACACGUGCGCCAAGCCCAGAGAUCAACAGUGUGGCUUCUUCCAGUGGGCUGAUGAGCAUGUUGCACCAGGAAUGACAAAUAAACGGAGUGAUGGAAGCUCCCCCAGAAAUGGUCCAAUCACAAAGAAGCCACGAACGUGUGGGCUGUGCCACCAACCAGGCCAUACCAGGACAAAGUGUCCCCAAAACCGCUGAUUCUCCCCCAACGCUGACGUUUGGCAAUGAAUUGGAAAACACUGGUUACAGAGAAAGCUGCAGCUUCACUAGUGUCUAGCCUUUGCUACCAAAAUCAACUGAAACCACGUAAACAGCUCUCAGUAUGCUGCCAACAUUCAAGUAGAGUGUUGUCCUGGAUUCACUAAUACGGAACUUGCAACGGUAUCUGUCAAUAAAUUGCUGAAACACAGCCACACUGGUAACAUGGGUGAUGAAUUUGCAGUGUGAGAUGUUUGUGAACCUUGUGGUUCUCAUUUGUGCAUUAUUCUGAGUGCCUCAUUGAAGAAUCUGGAAACAGUAUUGGGUCCAUUAUGAAAACUAGUCAUCAGAAGUUUCCUCCAUUUGAGAGUUUACUUCCUAAAAAUAAUGAUAGUGCCUUUUAUAUUUUUGAGGAUGAGGGUGGGAUGUUUUAAGGGCAGUGAGUGAAAUGAGAUUGAAGGAGAGCAAAAAACUUCAUUCAAAUCUCCGUUUGUCCAAAUUUUAACAGGUGUUGCUGCUCAGGAGAUAAAGUUUAUAUUUCAGCUUCUCAUGUUGAAACAGAUUAAUGUUUGUCAUGUUUCAGGGGUAUGUGUCACUUUCAGUUCCAGUUCAAGAUUUUCAUCUCAUUUUGAAAUCAAUCACCAGAAAAUAUCAGACAUAGAAUUAAAUAGCUUUAUUUCUGAAACAGGUCAGCUACUAUAGUACAUUGCUGUACUAGCUGCUGUGAGUUCCUUAUCACGUUAGAGGCAGCAUCCUUACUGAUCUUCGUGAAGUGCCAUGCAAAUAUGAAACUAACCUUUCAUAUUCCUUUGAUUUGUCAGGGGGUGAAAGUGACUAAAAUUCCAACUUCCUGGACUUCGGUUGUGCUUGAGGAGAGUAUUUCUGCUUUACAACAUUGGGAUUCAGUUCUUACGGGUACAGGUUUCACAAUUGAGAUUCAGAUUUAGUGGAUACUGGGAUAAAGAACUGGGGGCCUUUGAAAAUAGAUGUAUCGUUGUCUAAUACUGAAAUAUCUCUCUAGUGGGUAAAGGUCUGUUACUGAAGACUGGGACUUAGUGCACAUAGCUAAGUGUUUUGUUGGAUAAUACUUGGCUACACUACUUGUGGGUGCAGGUUUGUUCGUGACAACAUGUCAUACAGACAUAUGCUAUCAUGUUUUCCUCUCUGUUAAUGCAGUGUUAAUACUUUCCUGGUUCUGCUUUGUGUUCAUUCUUAUUCUGUGUUUCUACAAUGCUCACUUGUGUUAGAUUUCUUCCUCUGUUCACAUGUAGAUGUCUCCCUGCAGAAAUGGCCAUUAGAAGUUGUGACUGGCUGUUCAGGGUUUUGACUUGGGUCUUGAGCUCUCUGUGAUGAGCUGUGAAUAUUAACAUGCAACUGAAUUAUUAUCAUCAUGCUAGAACUGAGUUUUUUUUUGCAGCCAUCAUUUAAACAUGAGACUUGUCCUAUGAAAAAGCAGGUAGCAGAUGACAAAGGGGGAAGCAUAUAGAACCUCCUAGAAUAAUUUAAAAUAUUGAAAAUUUGUUAUAUUUCAAUACUCAACUGCUGGUGACUCUGGUACUAUUUUUAAAAUUCUAAUAUUAUAAAUGAAGUUUAUUUUCCAAAGAAGUUAGUUUGUUUUCUUGACAUUUAAUGUGAAAGUGUGAUGCCCUGAGGAUGUUACUGGUAAACUGUGUCUUGCAUAUUUAAUACAUGGAUCCCUCCCAGAGUAGAACGUUUUGCUAAGGGAAUGAAGCAAAUUUGUAAUUCAUUGUCAUAGUAUUAGCUCUCCCAACUUUAAAAGAAUGGAUAAGACCAUAUGCCUCCUUGAACCUGUAUUGCCGUUUGAUGAGAUUGUGUUUAAUCUCUAAAUUAACAAUUUACUCAUCUUCUAUAUUAACAGUUUCAACAGGAAAAUGGAUAUUUAGCCCACUUAGCCUAUUAUCUGUAGCAUUCCCUUUGUGCAUUUCUAGUAACAAUGGAUCCCAUUAUCUCUAUUAAACUUUACAGCAAUGUAAGUUUCCAAAGGCAGACCUGUGCUUCCUGGGACAACACAGUAUGGAGCUGGAGAAACACAGCAGGCCAGACAGCGUUAGAGGAGCAGGAAAGUUGACAUUUCGGGUCAGGACCCUUCUUCGUUUCUGCAGCAUCUGCAGUUCUUGCUAUCUGUGUGCUUCCUGUAAUCUAACCCAUGUGUAUAUUGGGCAGUGGUAGUGCACCAUAGCAUCAACAAUGAUCCUUUGUGUUUUUGUAUCACAGCAGAUGCUGUACAGACUGUCCACUGCAUAGUUCCCUCUAAACCUCACUCAGACUGACACCUUUCAGUAUAUAGGUAUUUUUAAUCAUCUUGGAACAAAAGUAGUCUGAAGAAUAAUUGGCAAAGCAGCAUUCCACGAGUACGUUACCUUUAGUUGUUUUAAAAUAGUGCCCAAGGUUUUGAUUAUUUUCAGAGUCCUCUUUUACAGUAAUGAGGUUAAUUUGAUUUUGGAGCUGACCAAAUCACAAUAGAUAAGCAUCUUGUAGCAAUUGGAAUACUUCUGUGAUAUUAAAUACCACUCAGCCUUUAUUUCUUACAAUAUGUAGAAAUGGAACCUUUUUGGAUUAUUUGCUUAUAAUUACAUAAUUAAGAUUCAACAUGAUUGCAACAGAUUUACCGUAUUUGGCAUUUGGUCUUUGAUAAUUUAUUACAGACCUGCCAUGACCAAACUUAGUGAUGGGGUUCAAUGGGGCUGAGUCUCUGCUGGUGUUCCCAUGAUUUUGUCCAAGCAAACACAAACUUGUUAUGGUCAGUUUUCUCUCUUUUGACAUCCUAAUUGUAAGUCUUAUGUGGUACUGUGACUGAAUGGUAUGUCUGGCAAACUUUGGAUAUUGUGCCCCAAUCUUGCAUACUGUUAACUGAAUAUGUGAUGACUAGUGUUCACUUAUUCUGUUAUUGGAAGAAUAGAGAUUUAAUUCUAGUUUAAGACCUUCCCUGUUAGUAUGUGUUCUGUUCACAAUUACAGGCCAAAAUUGGAGAAUUUGUGUGAGAGUUGGCCAGGUGCGCUGUUAGAGGGGACUGUCCAUGACCCAAUUCUGGAAUAUCUGUUAAGGUUGGUCAGUUAACUGGACUCCUCAUUGAGUCUUGUCCUAUGAUAUGACUAAAGAGGAGGAGGAGAUGCAGGAUCCUGAGAACACAAUCUUGACAGACAUAAAUCACCAUUUCUUGAUUGCUGCUGGGUCACUUUUUCUUCCUAAAUACCACACUGCGAGCUAACAUUACUCUGAGGACUGUAGUGGGUCAAAGAGAAGACCUACUGCUAUCUUAGGCCAAAUUAGAUUGAGUAAUAAAUGCCAGUGUUGUUUGUUACUUCUCAACAUUCUGAAAACAAAGUUAAAAUAUUUUGCACAAAGACCAAAAACAUACUACUCUUAAUUACAAUUACAGUUUAUUGUUGAAUGAUAUUAGUUGUGCACUUAAAUUGUGGCUGCUAAGCAAAGUACUAGUCAAUAGUAAUUGUCAAUUAUGAUGACGAUAGUUUGCCAGGUGUCGAUGAAAAACAAAAAAAUUAAUAAAAGUAUCCCUUUAUUAAAAGAAAUUUAAUUAUUUUCUGUGCCUACAAUUUGCUGUAGUUCUACCUCACAUUUGUGUAAAGUUUGUGUUAUUGAUUUGUUCUCUGCAAACUUUCUGAAGAACAAUUACUUUGUACGGACGUUUUAUCAACCAACAAGCAUAGACCUUCUCCUCACUGUAAAUAAUAUUUUGCCAUAAUGGUAUUGUCUCUUUAAACCUAGAUUAUGAUUAUAAAAUGUAGUUACUGACAAGAACAUUACCUGGACAAAGUGUAUGCAGUAUGAGAUAAUGGGAACUGGAGAUGCUGAAGAAUCCGAGAUAACAAAGUGUG